UCAUACCCUACAAUUGGAGAAUAGUGAUGGGGUUAGAGUAUGGUUUCUGUUAUUCUAUACAAUUACUCCUAUAAUACAUAGUUUGCCUAGAUCAACGAUAUAAUAAGUGUUUUCGCUUAUAAAAACGCUUCGUAUUGUAAGUGACUUUCUGUGUAAAAAAAUCUAGAGGCAAUAGUAUCAACAGGAAUGGAAGGUAUCAUUACUCUAGGCAAGGACGCCAUUAUGUUGUGACGCUUCUACAGAAACUGUUGAGGCAGAUAUUCACAAAAUAGUUUUGAAAUAACGUAUUUUUCUAAUAUAUUUCAAAAGAAUCCUUGCACGUAUGUUAACAACAAUCGCUCAACUUAACGCUGAUUUGUAACUUAACGUGAAAAUGUCGCCUCUCUCAAUACGAGUAAUUGAUAGACGAAAGGAAGCGAGUUUUUUUUGGGUAAGCCAUGGAUCAAUAGCUAGAUUACAGAAAGUUCUAGAAAGUACUUGAUCACUGGACGAUAGUCAAUCACGUGUUGGUGUCCACGUGACCAGUCAGUCACCACAUCAUAUAAAAUAUAAAUUCGUUUUUUUCUUCGUACAGAAAUUCGAUCCAGCAGGUGCCGUUAUUAAACGUGGUGCUUAUGGGUUUGGAGAAACAUAUGAUAAAACUGUCAAAUGUGGAGAUCGUUAUCAUGUAUGUUGCGAAGGAGAUCUAUGUAACAAAGAUACCGAACCACCGUGUCCACCAGAGUCUAAAGUCACACAGGAGAAAGAAGUAAAAGCUUGUUAUCAAUGUAAAGGUGCUGAUGCUUGCGAACCGGAUAGACUCGAAGGAGCUCAAAUUCGUACUUCAGCCGUUUUGGGUGCCAAGAAUCUCUAUUGUUAUACGAAAUUUGAUCCGAAGACAGGCCUUGCUGUUGAACGUGGUGGUUUUGGAUUUAUGGAAGUAUUCGAUAAACAUCUCAAGUGUGAUGCUAAAGAUUAUCUAUGUUGCUAUGAAAAUUUGUGCAACAAUCACACAGUUGGUUUUUGUGCUAAACGACAACAUAAUUAA